AUGACUAUCGAGCUCAGGGAAAAGCCGCUGACCGCCAAAGACUUCAAGGGAAAGGUCGACCCGGACUGGUGCCCAGGCUGCGGCGACUUCGCUCUGUUGCGGGCCACCCAGGUGUCCGUGGCCGAUCUGGGCCUUUCCCCGCACCAGAUCGUGUGCGUGAGCGGGAUCGGUUGUUCCUCGAACUUCCCCGGUUACUUCAACUCCUACGGUAUGCACACCCUCCACGGGCGGUCGCUCGCGGUAGCCACCGGGGUGAAGAUGGCCAACCAGACGCUCACCGUCCUGGUCACCGGCGGCGAUGGAGACGGCUAUGGCAUCGGCGGCAACCACUUCACCCACACGGCCCGCCGCAACGUGGAUCUCACGUACCUGGUGAUGAACAAUCAGAUCUACGGGCUCACCACCGGACAGGUCUCCCCGAGCAGCAGCCUGGGAAUGAAGACCAAGAGCACGCCGUUCGGGAACAUCGAGCGACCGGUGAAUCCGAUCACCUCGGCCAUCAUGAACGGAGCCACCUAUGUGGCGCGCGGGUUCUCCGGCAACAUGAAGCAGCUGGUCCGGCUGAUCAAGGGCGCCAUCGAGCAUCGGGGAUUCGCGGUGAUCGAUGUCUUCAGUCCGUGUGUCACCUUCAACCGCGACAACACCUACGACUUCUUCCGCCAGCGGAUCUCACCGCUCGAGGAUGAGAACCACGAUCCCUCGGAUUGGAAAACCGCCUGCGAACGGGCAAUGGAGUGGGACGAGAAGAUCUACACCGGGCUCUUCUAUCAGGAUCAGGCGGUCCAGCCGCUGCACGCGCUCGAGCCGAUUCUGGACGGCGGGGCGUUGCCGGUUUCCCACGUUCCGGAAGCCAUCACCCAAGAGCAGCGGGCCCGCAUCAUCCAGCGGAUGAUGUAG